GACGUAUUCCAAAACACGUCCAUUUAUGAGAACACGCUCUCCCUCUCUCGAAUUCUCUAUAUUCGGUUUGCUGAGAUCGGAAUCACCGGAGGUUCACCGGAGGCGGUGAGGAUUCCGGCGAAAUCUGGCGGACGCAGGAACCAAGCUUUCGUCGAAGACAUCACUUUACGUCUCAGAUGGAGGAGGCUCCCCUUGCAAGUGAGCAAGGUAACGAUGGUGAGUGCAGCACUAGUCAAAGAGGGACAGAUGGCGCCGCAGCAGUAUCUGAUGAUCAGAAUGGCAUAUCUGUCGGAAGAAAGGAGUUUGUUGCUCCUGCUGUCGGAAUGGAGUUUGAGUCAUAUGAUGAUGCGUACAACUACUACAACUGUUAUGCUAAGGAAGCAGGAUUUCGUGUCAGAGUGAAGAAUUCAUGGUUCAAGCGAAAUAGUAGAGAAAAGUACGGUGCAGUACUCUGCUGCAGUAGCCAAGGCUUCAAAAGAGUUAAAGAUGUGAAUCGUCUUCGAAAAGAAACUCGAACUGGCUGUCCAGCAAUGAUUCGGAUGAGGCUAGUGGACUCCAGAAGAUGGAGGGUGCUUGAAGUGACACUUGAACACAACCACUUGUUGGACUCGAAGAGCUACAGAACAAUUAAGAAGAUGAGUGCUGGUACCAAAAGAAAGUCACAGUCCAGUGCUGAUGCUGAAGAAAGAACAAUUAAGUUAUACCGGGCACUUGUCAUUGAUGCGGGAGGUAAUGGAAACCAAAGUUUCGGUGAAAAUGAAGCUAGGAGUCUGUCUGACCAUCUUAAUCAUCUGAACCUUAAGAAAGGUGACACUCAGGCUAUAUAUAAUUACUUCUGCCGCAUGCAAUUGACCAAUCCUAAUUUCUACUAUCUCAUGGAUCUUACUGAUGAGGGGAAUUUGAGGAAUUUGUUCUGGGCUGAUGCUAGGUCUAGAGCUGCAUGUGUUUAUUUUGGUGAUGUUAUAUAUUUUGACACAACGUUCUUGUCUAACAAAUACGAGAUCCCUCUAGUGGCAUUUGUGGGAGUGAACCACCAUGGCCAAUCAGUUUUGCUAGGAUGUGGAUUGCUUGCAGGCGAGACAAUGGAGUCUUAUACUUGGGCGUUGAAAGCCUGGAGUUCAUGUAUGUCCGGAUGCUCCCCACAAACUAUAACUACAGACAGGUGCCAGAUUUUGCUUGGUGCAAUUGAGGAGGUGUUUCCAAGAUGUCAUCAUCGUUUUGGUUUGUCACACAUCAUGAGAAAAGUUCCGGAAAAGUUAGGAGGGUUGAACAACUAUGAUGCAAUCAGGAGGGCGUUGACUAAAGCAGUGUAUGAAUCUCUGAAAGUGAGUGAAUUCGAGACAGUAUGGGGGACCAUGGUCCAGCAUUCUGGUGUUGGUGAUCACGAAUGGCUUAGAGCUUUAUAUGAGGACCGAGUCAGAUGGGCUCCAGUCUACUUGAAAGACACGUUCUUCGCUGGGAUGUCUUCUACCCGGCCGGGCGAGUCAUUGAAUGCAUUUUUUGAUAAGUAUGUGCAUAAACAAACUCCAUUGAAAGAAUUUCUUGACAAGUACGAGUUAGCUUUACAAAAGAAGCACAGGGAAGAAGCCCUUGCGGAUAAUGAUUCGAGGAGCUCAAGCCAUGAGCUGAAAACGAGAUGUUCAUUUGAGUUACAGCUCUCCAAGGUAUACACAAGAGAUAUAUUCAAGAAGUUCCAGUUUGAGGUAGAGGAGAUGUAUUCUUGUCUUAGCACGACACAGCUGUAUGUCGAUGGACCGGUCAUUAUAUUCCUGGUCAAGGAGCGGGUCUCAGGGGAAGGAAGUAGAAGGGAGAUAAGGGACUACGAGGUCCUGUACAACAGAGCGGCGGCGGAGGUUCGUUGCAUCUGUAGCUGCUUCAAUUUCUAUGGCUAUCUAUGCAGGCACGCCCUGUGCGUUCUUAACUUCAAUGGGGUGGAGGAAAUUCCGUCAAAGUACAUCCUCUCAAGAUGGAAAAAGGAUUAUAAGCGCUUGCACAUCCCCGAUCCAGGGCCCGGCGACUCUAGCGCUGCCGAUCGCGUGCAGUGGCUCAAUCAGCUGUACCGAAGCGCUUUGCAGAUCGUCGAGGAGGGGGUGAUCUCUCCUGAACAUUACAGGGCCGCAUUACAGACAUUCGAAGACGCAUUGAAUAGGGUUCAUCUGGUCGAGGAGAAGAAAGAAUGAAGGUGACCCGACACUUGUUUGCCAAUUCAUCGUGUAACCCAAGUCCUGUGAUAUCAACGUUUCUUUGUGAAUAUUAUUGAAGAACUCCUCUGUUUAUCUCAAGUAUGCACGCUGCCAUCCUGAUUCCAACCCAA